GCAGUUCAGGGCGGCCGCCGCCGUGGGAGAAGGCAGUGUGGUGCCGACGCGGCCGAAACGUGUGGCAUCUUCAGGAGCGCACAUCACGUGCGGUCGCGGGCAGCCGGUUUCCCAGUGUCAGUCUAGCGGAGAGCCGGCACCGAGAUCUGCCGGCGGGUUCACCAACCUCCGUUCUUUCGAGGGCUACAUAUCUCCACGACAAAGGUGACACGUGAUGCUAGAUCUGGAUGCAGUGCCCUGGGAGACGCGGAAAUGCUGUGCCAAGGACAUGCGCAAGGCGGCGCAGAUAAUAGCCAUCACCCACAUGGUGUUCUUCGGCCCCGUACUGUUCGGCAUGCUGUACAUCCUCAACAACCAGCAGAGCACUCUCUUCUUCGAUGAUCACAUCACUGGUCCUCUCCCGUCCGAGCUGCAGUUGGUGCUGGUCGCCUGCCUGGCGGUGCUCGGCCUCAGGCUCGUCUUCUCCUUCGUGCUGUUCGUCGCCGAGAAGAGCCGCAGCGUGCUGCUGCUGAGGGUGUGGCUGGCGGCGCACCUGCUGCUCUCGCUGGCCGAGUGCGGCCUCAUCACGGCGCUGUCCACCGUCGUCUUCGUGGUCGACCCGGACGUCUGGCCCUUCGUCGGCACGCUGCUCGGGGGAUUCGCCCUUCUCGGUCUGCAGGCCUACAUGCUGCACGUGGUGCUGUGUCUGCACACGGGACUCAUGAAGGAGCGGCUGGUCCGCCGCCAGGUGGCGCAGCUGCACAGCCAGCUGAACCAGUUGGCCGUCAGCACGGGCUACGCCCACCCACUCACCUACGCCACACUCAGCCUCAGCCCCCAGAUUCUGAGGCCAUCCGGCAAAGCGGGUCUCAACGACGGCGCCACCACGCCACCUGUCGGCGCCACCACGUACUCACCACCUGUCGGUGACUCCGGAGAGACGCAACCUGGCGCCGAGGUCCUGCGAGCGCUCAGCGAGGUGGAUGACGGCAGCGGCGUCACCACACCGCGUCCUGCUGACACGGUGCAGCCACCGCCUGUCGGCGACACCGGACAGUCGCCAUCUGACUCCUCUAGCGCCGCACUCCCUGUCUGACGCCAUCGGGACUGUGGAAUGCCGGCUGAUGGAGAGACCUCCCGAGUCUCAGCUUCCACUACUGCCAACAACAGCGACCCCAAAAGGGCGAGAUACGCUCUUUGACUCCUACCUGAUGACUCGACCUGCUCCAAUGACUGGCCAUAAAUGUAGCGAUCCUGCUGUCUUGUACUCUGCAAGUUUUCUGUUCCAGCUACGUAACGUCCCUCUCACUUUGCAGUAACAUCAGUGUCAUUAGCCUGUAAAGAUGAUGGUAAACGUGAUCUCAAUUUAACGUCUUGGAUCUGCAAUGAAGAGGUAGCAAAUGGGGGAAGAAUAAUUUUGUACUAUUCGUAAUGAACUGAUACUCCAGUGCUGCAAGGAAAGUCCUUAAUAGCUUGGGAAAGGGUAUCAGAAGAACAACAUUGGACUUUGUGACUUCCCUACCACCUUCAUUGAUCAUUGGACAAGUCUGCUGAGGCCUUUCUCAUGUCUGCAACCUAGGUCUCUCGCCAUCCUGACCAAAUAUAAGACGCAAUCUUCAGCGUGAGACAACACCCCCAUGAGAUACUAGUAAAAGCACAUGAUAUUUAUAAGUAUAACAAAAAAAAACAGAAAAAUUUGUGAAUUAAGAAUUCGGCUAGGUGUGGCAUGAUGGAUAAGUGCCAUUGCCAAACGAACCUCAUAAAAAUUUAUUUGAUAAGUUCUUUCCAACAAUGAAGUGACGUAAUAUAGUGGAAAGUGUUUUGAAAUGGCACAGACAAUAUGAAUUGCCCUGCACAAGUUGUUUUAUAUUGAAACUGCUGUACUAAGCAACGUGAAUCCAGAUGUUUUCCACUUUGAUAAUCAUUUGUGUGAAGCAAGUCGUGAAUCCAGAUGUUUUCCACUUUGAUAAUCAUUUGUGUGAAGCAAGGCAGUACAUUAUCCAUACCUCUAAAUGAGCACUUUGGUGCUGUUCUGUAAGAAUCUGGAGACAGGGGGAAGUAGUCCACCUAGUGAGAGGACGCUGUAAGUGACUGGUUAAGGAGUGCCCUGCACAAUAAACUGUCCAGUGGUUUCUGGCAAACAUUUCUAAAUGUGGAAUCUCAACUUACGAUUUCGCUCAUCUGCUGCUAUGUUGAUAAAUCACUCUGAAAAUCACCGGGCCCUGGUAAAGACUUGGGGUUUAGGUCUGUAGAACAUUCAGAGUUACCACGAGGGGACGAUGAAAAGCUUUCAGAAAAUACUUAGUUCUACUCCAUACUGGAAAUUUAGUUCCGGUGUAACUAUUGAAACAUCUACAGCCGAAGCACCAUGUCAAGAACGGUAUAGUGAUUUUAAACACAAGGUCUUUGUGAAUCGAGCCGUCAGCGCUGAGAGGUGUCUCUGGUGCCAGCAGUUACUACAUUGUAGAUCUGUAGCUGCUUUUGUGAUCCGUUUGUGUAUGUUGUAUGAUUUUUGGAGUAGAUACAAUCAUCCUAAGGAAUCGAUAUCCGCUGCCUUACUUAUUUUCCCUAAAAGACGUUUGGCAGAUACUGAGCUGGUUGCCGUCGUAGUUUUGCAUGCUGGCUGAAGAACGGCUGCUGGAAAACGAUUACCAACCAUUUCACGGAAAACAGUUUUUAUUAUUAAGCUAGGCCAUCUUUCCUUUCUUGAGCUGUAUAUAACAGGCCAGCUGACUUCGAUCUCCGUAGCCACUACCAAGUGAUGGUACAAACCGAUGAAACAGAGAGGGAGACAAAAAAAUUAAUACCGGAGCAUGUUUGCAAGACAAUGUCAUGGGUUAAAAGAUCUACAAUUGGAAGAACACGCUUUCAAGAUGUACAGAUAACAUACAAGAAUUCAGAGAGGACAUAUGGAGUGAAUGUGCCGAUGUAUUAUCAAAAUGUCAAGCAAACUAACUGUCCGGAAUAAUACAAGAGAAGUACCUUUCUUCUUCUUCUCUUUUUUUUUUUUUUGACGUGAAUUUCCCAUUGAGCCACCUACGUAAGUAAUUCAUAAUGACAUAUAAUUGGUAGAGACACAAAACAAAUUGAUAAAGACACACAUUAAUGAUGAUAACAUACGAGGUAUAGCAGCAACUUCAUAAAACAUUGCGAAAUUAACAAAGUCAUUUGGUGUACGUGAGUGGGUUCACAUUUUUCGUUUCACUUCCGAUGGAAAAAGAGUUAAGUUCUGCGUACACUGUAGAAUCUGUGGUUGCCGGUAAUGACGGCAUAUAUGGUGGUAGCUGAUACUUCUUGCUCAAAUCAUUAAGCACUUCUCUUAGUUCGCCCUUCCGUGCGAUAUAUACGCGACUAAUCUAAAUAGGUGCCCUGAAGGACAACGGUGGUUUCCGCAACAGCUGGAUGUUCGGUACUGUGAAGACAAAUUUGUGAAAGAAAUUCUUAGUCCUCCACCAGCGAGGCGGAUAAUAAAACUUGUAAGAGACGGCACUAGGUGGCUCCGAGAACCCACAUGUCUGCAGUUGCUUCCCUCAGAAAAACAGCAGUCUGUGUUCGCAUUGUCUUCAUCGUCUGCACACACUUCACGUUCCCGGGUAACACGAAUGCGCUGAUAGGAUUUUAAUGCACUUGAGUGACACUGCAGACUGUAAAACAUGUCGCUUUCUGUGCUCUGAUAUUUUGAGAGUAUGAGAGAAAAGUAAGUUCUGUAAGGUUACCUUCGUUUGUAUCUUACUUACUGCUAAGACGAACUGAAAAUUCAUAUGUGUAACACUUUUUUCUUUGCAUUCGCUUUCUUUCAAUAAACUAAAUAUCUACUGUCUUGUUGUGAACAAAAAUAGCUUUGUACAAAUCUGAAAAUUGUUGUUCUGCUAUUUUCCAAGUCUUAAUACAGCAUGUAAAACAGUUUGUACAUCGAACACAGUAUUUGUGCCGUAUUAAAUGUUGUUCUUUUAUUA